UACAGCCAUGUCUGAACAGACGGAAAAGGCUUUCCAGAAGCAGCCUGCGGUCUUCCUGAAUAAGAAGAAACUAGCUGGUGCUAAAGUCGCCAAGACUGGUAAAGGUGUAAGGUGGACAAAGAAUGUUGGUCUAGGAAUCAAAACUCCUAGGGAAGCCAGAGGAUCCUACAUCGACAAGAAGUGUCCUUUCACUGGGGAUGUAGCUAUUCGAGGACGUCUGUUGAGAGGCAUAGUUAACAACAUGAAAAUGAAGCGUACUCUGACCAUCAGACGAGACUACCUUCAUUACAUCAAGAAAUACAACCGAUUCGAGAAGCGUCACAAGAACAUUUCAGCUCACGUAUCACCAGCUUUCCUUGAUGUCGGCAAAGGUGACACCGUUUUAGUUGGACAGUGCAGACCUUUAUCGAAGACCGUCAGAUUUAAUGUCCUGAAGGUUAUUGCCACCGCCGCAGCUGAUAAGAAGAAGUUCACUAAAUUUUAGAUGAUGGUUGAUUAAUUUUAUUACAUGA